UUCAAGGAUAAUGGCUUCUACCGGUAGCAAUUUCGACGACGACAUUUACGGAGGCUUCUCGGGAGUAACCAACAAAUUGUUCAACUACGACGUUAAGGAGGAUAAAGCCUUUCAGAAUGCAAUUAAAACGUCCAGCUACGGGAAGAAAACAUCGACACCAAAGUUCUACUGGAAUGGAGAGAAACUUAACUCGGCAGAGAAUAUGGCUACAAUGGCACGACCAUCGACUGCGAUCCGUCCGGUUGGAUAUUCCUCGCAAAACAGUAAACUGUUUGAUCCACUAAAUCAAGCCGCAAAGAAAAUUGUGGUUAUGGAAAACAAAAAAGAGGAAACUCCCGAGCAACGGUAUAAAAAUAUGGAGACCAAAAUCUAUGCAUUGCUAGAGGAAUCGAUCAUUGCUAGUACAGGAACGAAACCGGACAUGGCAACAGGAUUGGCUAAAGCGAAAGAAGCUUCCUCACUUGACCGAACACUACUUCGGAUGCGCGAUCAGGAUGGUGGAACUUACACGCAUAACUUCGAUCUAACGUUUUUUGUGCUUUUCAACUUGGCAAAUAUUUACGCCAAGAAUGAAAUGUAUAUUGAAGCAUUGAAUACCUACACGCUGAUGACGAAAAACAAAAUGUUUCCAAAUGUAAACCGAUUGAAGAUCAACAUGGGCAAUAUUUAUUUUCAGCUGGGUUUAUACACGAAAGCCAUCAAAAUGUACCGAAUGGCGUUAGAUCAAGUUCCCGGGAAUCAGAAGGAGCUGAGACUGAAGAUUACACAUAACAUUGGUAUUUUAUUUAUAAAAAUGGGACAGUAUUCGGAUGCCGCAACAAGUUUUGAGUUCAUUAUGUCGGAAAAGGGGGACCUGAAAACGGGUCUUCACUUGAUUCUAUGUUAUUACGCUCUUGGAGAUGUGGAGAAAAUUAAGCAUGCUUUUCAGCUUCUUUUAGAUAUACAAAUCGAUUAUUUGGAAGAUGAAAAAAUAUUUCAAUCCAACCCUUCCUACGAAUAUAUAAAUGAUAUGAUCAAGUCGGACGAAUUGCAUGCUUAUGAACAGAAAAUUCGACAUUUAGCCGAGAAGAAUAUACUAAUCUCAGCGAACUUGAUAUCGACGAUCAUUGAUGACUACUUCAACGAUGGAUACAGUUGGUGUGUUGAGACUAUAAAAAACUCUUACUUUUCCCCGUUAGCAGUGGAUCUGGAGCUCAAGAAAGCGGUUAUCUAUUUAAAGCAAGAUGAUAUUCAGCAAGCUAUCGAUACUUUAAAAUACUUCGAAAAAAAGGAAUCAAAUAUUGCCAUCAACGCUGCAAUCAAUUUGAGUUUCAUAUACAUACUGAAAAAAGAUAUUGCUACUGCAGAAACCUACACCGAAACGGCCAAGAAAAUUGACAGUUACUGUCCGGCUGCGUUCAUCAACAGUGGUGUCUGUCACAUGAUGAAAAAUGAUUUCGAAACCGCCAAACUUAUGUUCAUGAAUGCCCUGGAUAUUGACUCCACUUCCUUUGAAGCUCUGUACAACGUGGGAUUGAUUUUUAAAAAGCUCGGUGAUCACAACAAUUCUCUGCUGUACUUUCGUAAGAUUAUUUCCAAUCUGGGUCAUGAGCAACACCCAGAGGUUCUGUAUCAAAUCGCCAAUCUUUACGACACUCUCGGAGAUGUACCAACCGCUCUGGAAUACUAUUUGCAAUUGCUUAGUUUGGUUCAGCAGGAUAACAAAGUUAUUCAAAAGAUUGGCGAGCUGUACGAAACAGAUGGUGAACGACAACAGGCCUAUCACUAUCAUCACGAGUCGUAUCGUAUUUAUCCGAUUGAUUUCAGUGUGGUCAAUUGGCUUUGCUCUCACUAUAUUGAGCUGCAGGUUGUGGAGAAGGCAAUCGGUUUUUACGAAAAGGCAGUCCUCAACAAUCCUCUCGAUCCAUAUUAUCUGCUACGAAUUGCUGGCUGUUAUCGUCGUAUCGGCAAUCAACAAAAGUCACUAAAUUUGUUUAAAAUAAUCCACGAAAUAUAUCCGGAGAACACAGAUUGCUUGCGAGCGUUGAUACACCUUAGCCAAUCGCAAGGAAACAAUGAAUUGCAUGAGCGGUACAUGAACGAACUUCAGAAGUUGGAAAAGCAAAAGGAAGUCCGACAGCGUAUUGGUACCGGUCGACCGCCAACGACGAGUAGUUCAAGAAUUUCCAGUGGAGAGCGAGAAAAAAGAUCCGGCGCGGGGUCGGAUAGUUAUCAACCGCCAGGAACGUCGUCCGGAUCUGGUUUUGGAAAUAACAAAAGCUUGGACGUUUCACCGGAUUACAAUGCUAGCGCAUAUGGCUACUCGGAUCCGCUUGGACCUCCACAGGAGCGACCGCGUACUGGAUUUCGGAAAAAUCUAACCGUUGACGACGAAUCCGACGAAGAUAUCAAUCCCUACGAUCUGUUGCCCGUUUAGGUUGUGCUAUGUGGAGAUAUGAGCGAACUCUAACACAAAUUUAAAUAAUAAUAUAAUUUGAAAGAGCUGUAAUUUCUGUAAAAAACGUGAUUUUCAAAAAAAUUCUAUCGUCAUUCAAUUUUUAAAUCACGGAUUAAAACUGCUCGAAAUAGCUACAAUGACAGUUCGCCCAUAUACCAACUGUCAUUGUAGCGAUUUAGAGCGAAUUUUAUUCUUUAUUAAAAAAUUCGAAGUACAAUGAUAUAAAAUUAAAAAAAAAAAACACGUUUUGCUCAGAAACUUAUACUCUUUUAGGUGAUAUAUAAAAAUCAGAAAUCCGUGAGUAGCUAAACAAC